AUGAUGACAGCUGCUACAGAGAAUCCACAUGUUCACCAGAAUCAACAUGAGAUUCAAAAAGCUCUAUCUAACUACGACACUUCGUUUUUAUCAGAUGACGAGGAAGAUUUGUGCCCUCUAUGUAUAGAGCCGUUAGAUGUUAUGGAUAAGCACUUCAAGCCAUGUCCAUGUGGAUACCAGAUCUGUCAAUUUUGUUACAACAAUAUUCGUCAGAAUCCUGAACUAAACGGCCGGUGUCCAGCCUGUCGUAGAAAAUACGAUGAUGAAAGUGUGGAGUAUAUCGUUCUUUCUCCAGAAGAGUUGAAGCUUGAACGAUCGAAACAGGCCAGGAAGGAACGUGAGCGGAAGCAAAGAGAAAGAGAACGCAGGGAAAACGAUACGCAUAACAGGAAGCAGUUAGCUGGUAUGAGAGUUAUCCAAAAGAAUUUAGUGUACGUUAUUGGAUUGAAUCCGCCUUACCCAUACGAAGAACUACCAUCGAUCUUGAGAUCGGACAAGUAUUUCGGCCAGUACGGUAAGAUUAACAAGAUUGUCAUCAACAAGAAGACUGGACACGAGCAUCAUUCUGUGUCUAGCUCCUCCAGCCACGUUAACUCUGGUUACGGUAUAUACGUGACAUUUUCCAGAAAGGAUGAUGCAGCUAAAUGUAUUCAAGCGAUUGAUGGUAUUUAUAUUGAUGGACAUCCAGUGAAAGCGGCUUAUGGUACAACAAAAUACUGUUCAUCUUAUUUAAGAGGUCAACCAUGCCCCAAUCCAAAUUGUAUGUUCUUACAUGAACCGGGUGAAGAAGCAGAUGCUUUCAAUAACUCAAGAAAAGAACACUCCCACCAUCCGCAUGCACCACCUGCUCUCGCGAAGACUACCACAAGUGCCAGCUCAACACCAAAGUUGGCACACGCUUCACUAAGAACAGAGGAUGCAAACUCUAUAACAAGUGCUGGAUCAAACUCUAAGCCUACGCCACCAGUACUAACCCCUGCACCUGUCCCAUCUGGUUCAAACCCAUGGGGUAUUUCACAAGCGCCAACUCCUGUAUCCACUAUUUUCAACAAAACUGUCACGUCUACAACAUUCCCAACCCUAUCCAGCUCUUUGGCAGAUGGAUCCCAUAGUUCAGCACCAGGAACACCAAUCAAUGCUGGUUCUGCUUCAACAACAAAUGCUUCCUCAGGAAAUAGUUCUAAGAAGAAAGGUGAGAAGACUUAUGAGGAUCCAUAUGAUCCAAUGGCUACCUGCAUUAAAUUCCUAGAUCAAACCUUUAAGUUUUUGUCUGACAUACCGGAGCGUAACUAUUCGUUCAAUUCAAGCAUGCUUAGUGAUGAAACCUACAAGAGUUAUCCAUCAUUAUUCUCUUUUGAUAGAAUAACUUGUAGUGAGCAAUCGGACAAUGUGCUUGGUGCUAAGCUUUGUGAUAUGCUAGCCAUUAAACCUGUGGACCAUAUGUCAUCUCUCUUACCAUUUCUUCAAAGUAAAACGACACCUACUGUAUUGCCUCCCGGAAUUGCUGUGCAACAGCAGCAACAGCAGCAAGUAGUUCAACAACAACAACAACAACAACAGCAGCAGCAGCAACAUCAACAGCAGCAGCAGCAGCAGCAGCAGCAGCAACAACAGCAACAGCAACAAAUAUCAUUGCAAAUGCAAAUGCAAGCUCAACAGGGUAUUUCCCAUCCAAUGAUGAACCCACCUCAAAGCAAUUCAUCUGAUCUUCUCAAUCAGUUAAUUCACGGUAAGAAGCAAACUGCUACUGUAUAA